AUGAAUAAUUACUUUUGCAGAAUAAUUCCCUUUCUUCUUAUUUUCCAUAUACUCUUAGCUUCUUGUGCUGAUCAACCACCGCAGGUGUAUAUCGUGUACCUUGGAGAACAUAGCGGGACGAAAACUUUCCAAGAAAUAGAAGAAUUCCAUCGUUCUUAUUUGCACUCUGCCAAGGGUUCCAAAGAGAAAGCUAAAGACUGUUUGAUUUACAGCUACAGGAACGUCAUCAAUGGCUUCUCAGCAUUGCUUAGUCCAGAAGAAGCUGCAAAGAUAUCAGAGAUGGAUGGGGUGAUAUCAGUGUUUCAUAGCCACCCAACCAUAUUGAGGCUUCACACGACAAGAUCGUGGAAUUUUAUUAACUUACUCGAAGGGCUUGGAGAUCCAAACCCUCCAAAUGCGGAAGAUUUAUUGCGUAAAGCAAAUUACGGGAAGGAUGUUAUCGUUGGUGUUUUGGACAGUGGAGUAUGGCCAGAGUCUGAAAGUUUCUACGAUAAUGGAAUGGAUCCUAUUCCCCAUUCAUGGAAAGGAAUUUGCGAGAGUGGCGUUGCUUUUAAUUCAUCUCAUUGUAACAGAAAAUUAAUUGGAGCUCGCUACUAUUUGAAAAGUUACGAGGCUUAUUAUGGCCGGCUCAACACUAGUCUAGACUUCAGAUCGCCGAGGGAUAAAAAUGGUCAUGGAACUCACACAUCAUCGACCAUUGGAGGCCGAAGAGUUCCUAAUGCUUCCGCUAUUGGCGGACUAGGCAGUGGCACUGCCUCUGGUGGCGCCCCCCUAGUGCGCUUAGCCAUCUAUAAAGUAUGUUGGCCGGUCCCUGGUCAGACUCCAGCAGAAGGAAACACGUGCCUAGGUGAUGAUAUGCUUGCUGCAUUUGACGAUGCCAUCGCAGAUGGUGUUAAUGUUAUCAGUGUUUCCAUCGGUGGGAGUACUAGCAGGCCGUACACACAAGAUGGGAUUGCAAUCGGCGCAUUGCAUGCAAUGAAACGAAAUAUUGUAGUAGCAUGUAGUGCAGGGAAUUCAGGACCUAGCUCGUAUUCUGUGUCAAAUGUAGCCCCUUGGAUCAUUACGGUCGGUGCAAGUAGCAUUGAUCGUGUCUUUUCAUCUCCAAUUGUGCUUGGAAAUGACAUGAUAAUCGAGGGACAAUCAGUAACUCCUUUUACGAAUAGGACGCACCCCCUUGUAUAUGCUGCAGAUGUUGAACUUCCAGGGACAACCACCAAUCUCACGAGCGGAUUAUGCCUACCCGGUACUCUUUCGCCAGCAUUAGUAAGGGGGAAAGCUGUCUUCUGCUGGACAGGCGAUCUUUUUGAGUCAUUAGAAGUGCAAAGAGCAGGCGGUAAAGCAACUGUGCUAGGAAAUAGCUACCAGGGACAAGGAGUACUGGGUAGGCCGUAUUUGAUUCCGGCAACAGUUGUUUAUUCUGAUAAAAUCGACAUCUACAAUUACAUUGAAACUAAUCAGAAUCCAAAUGUCACGUUGAUUCAACCGAAGACCGUAAUAGGCACUAAACCAGCUCCAUUCAUGGCUCCUUUUACCUCGAGGGGUCCCAAUUUCAUCGAACCUAAUAUUCUAAAGCCAGAUAUCACUGCUCCAGGACUAAAUAUACUUGCAGCUUGGAGUGAAGCGUCUUCUCCCCUAAACGUGCCUGCUGAUAAUCGAGUCGUUAAAUACCAUAUUGAUUCCGGGACAUCCAUGUCUUGCCCUCACGUUGCAGCCGUAGCUGCACUUCUUAAGGCCAUACAUCCUGAUUGGAGUAGUCCUGCUAUAAGAUCAGCUAUCAUGACCACGGCAAAAAUAACCAACAAUAUGGGCACACAAAUAACAGACUCACUAGGAAAUAUUGCAACUCCAUUCGAGUAUGGGGCGGGUCACAUCCAGCCAUCGAAAGCUGCUGAUCCCGGACUUGUUUAUGAUGCUUCUUACGACGACUAUCUUCUAUUUCUCUGCAGUAGCACUGGCAAUGUACUAGAUCCAUCUUUUAACUGCCCUCAAAAUAUACCCUCAGCAAGUGAUCUUAACUAUCCGUCAAUUUCAAUAGCAUACCUCAAAGGAUCCAGGACUGUCAAGAGAACAGUUACAAAUGUUGGCACGACAAACUCUUCGUACUCUGUAAGAAUAAAUCCCCCACAAGGUUACUCCGUUCAGAUUUCUCCAACUGCUCUAUAUUUUAGUGCGACUGGAGAAAAGCAAAGCUUUAGCAUUACGAUUACAGCUCAAAGUACUGCCAAGAAAAGUGUUUUUGCAGUUGGUUGGUAUACUUGGAGUGAUGGGAUUCAUCAAGUAAGAAGUCCUAUUACAGUAGCUGCGGUGUAA